AUGUUUUAUCAGAGUGUGGUGGUGAUGUUUUAUCAGAGUGUGGAGGUGAUGUUUUAUCAGAGUGUGGUGGUGAUGUUUUAUCACAGUGUGUAGGUCAUGUUUUAUCAGAGUGUGGUGGUGAUGUUUUAUCACAGUGUGGCAGUGAUGUUUUAUCAGAGUGUGGAGGUGAUGUUUUAUCAGAGUGUGGUGGUGAUGUUUUAUCAGAGUGUGGUGGUGAUGUUUUAUCAGAGUGUGGAGGUGAUGUUUUAUCAGAGUGUGGUGGUGAUGUUUUAUCAGAGUGUGGAGGUGAUGUUUUAUCAGAGUGUGGUGGUGAUGUUUUAUCACAGUGUGUAGGUCAUGUUUUAUCAGAGUGUGGAGGUGAUGUUUUAUCAGAGUGUGGAGAUGAUGUUUUAUCACAGUGUGGCAGUGAUGUUUUAUCUGAGUGUGGAGAUGAUGUUUUAUCACAGUGUGGCAGUGAUGUUUUAUCAGAGUGUGGCGGUGAUGUUUUAUCAGAGUGUGGUGGUGAUGUUUUAUCAGAGUGUGGAGAUGAUGUUUUAUCAGAGUGUGGAGAUGAUGUUUUAUCACAGUGUGGUGGUGAUGUUUUAUCAGAGUGUGGUGGUGUUGUUUUAUCAGAGUGUGGAGAUGAUGUUUUAUCAGAGUGUGGAAGUGAUGUUUUAUCAGAGUGUGGAGGUGUUGUUUUAUCAGAGUGUGGAGGUGAUGUUUUAUCAGAGUGUGGAGGUGAUGUUUUAUCACAGUGUGGAGGUGAUGUUUUAUCACAGUGUGGUGGUGUUGUUUUAUCAGAGUGUGGUGGUGAUGUUUUAUCAGAGUGUGGAGGUGAUGUUUUAUCAGAGUGUGGUGGUGAUGUUUUAUCAGAGUGUGGAGAUGAUGUUUUAUCAGAGUGUGGAGAUGAUGUUUUAUCACAGUGUGGUGGUGAUGUUUUAUCAGAGUGUGGUGGUGUUGUUUUAUCAGAGUGUGGAGAUGAUGUUUUAUCAGAGUGUGGAAGUGAUGUUUUAUCAGAGUGUGGAGGUGUUGUUUUAUCAGAGUGUGGAGGUGAUGUUUUAUCAGAGUGUGGAGGUGAUGUUUUAUCACAGUGUGGUGGUGUUGUUUUAUCAGAGUGUGGUGGUGAUGUUUUAUCAGAGUGUGGAGGUGAUGUUUUAUCAGAGUGUGGUGGUGAUGUUUUAUCAGAUGUGGCAGUGA